CUGUCCACCAUCACGGACACGCUGACCAAGCUCCACGAGUCACCUACUAUUACUUCGCCUGCGGAGCGCUCGCCGGCGAAGGAUCCCGUCCACUCCCAGGGCGACUUGCUGACCAAAGCCCAGUUCCAGGCCCGCGUCAAGGAGCUCGAGCAUGUUCUGGCUACGAUCCCCGAGGACGAUGCCGAGCUGGCUUCCGAGCGCAUCUCGCUCACGACGCGCCUCGACGACUAUAAGCGCCAGUUCGUGGGCUCCAAGCCGAUCGGCGCCCGCAUCGACGGCACGAGGGCUGCGCUGGGACGUGCGCGGGCUCGCCGCGAGGAGGCCGAGCAGGCCCUCAAGGCGUCCACGCUUUUGGUCAAGCAGUACUCCGACGAGGUGACCGCCUUGGAGGCCGAGCUGAGCGAGCUCGAGGCGUCCCUGGCCGCUGCCUCUCCCAUGGCGGCGGAGGCGCCUGCUCCAGCGUCCCACGCAUUCGAGAUCCUGAACCAGAUGAUCGAGCACUUGAAGCAGGACGAGAACGUCCACCCUGGCCACGUCCAGGCAGCGACGCAGCACGUCCAGCAGCUUUUCGAGGGCUUCCAGGCCACGCUGAACCAGGCCGCGGCCACUCGUGCUGCUGCCGCGGGGGUCCAGCCCACUCCUGCCGACUACAGCGUGAAGACGAUGGCGACUGCGGCUGCGACGCCCACGACAGUGCGCGGUCCUGCCGGCGGUUCUCUGGUGCGGCACCAUGGCAAGCAGAAGCCCAAGGAGCUGAUCACCGAUUACUUCACGAAGCGCAAGGUCGUGAAGUCCAUCACCAAGGACACGUCGGCCAGCUCCGCCGCAGCUCCGCGCGCCGCCUCCGAACAGACCAUUGCCACCGGCAACGUCUGCACCCUCCGACCGCAGGAGGAAUCCGCUGCUGGCGUCCAAGUCGCUUUCCAGCUCAUGCUUGGGAAGGUCCAGAUCCUCGAGCAGUAUUUCAUUGAUGCUCACCUCGACUACGUCUUCCUGCAGGAAGGGCGCGCUCGUGUCGAAGAGGCUCGCACGGGCCUCCACUACACCAUGCACGUCGGGGCCGGCGACGACGACGGCGGCCACGGGUGCCAGAUCUGGAUUCGCGCCCGGUCGGGCUUCAAAGUCUCCUCGUACGCAGCGGUGUCCCCCCGUCUGUUCUGGUUGACAGGCCGCGACGCUUGCGGGUUGCCGCUGAUCCUUGUCAGCGCGCACGCCCCCACUGAUUCAUCACCAGCCACUGAACGCGAGGGAUUCUGGGACACGCUGCUGAGCGCGAUGUCCUCCCUGCAACGCCGCACGCCCACCGCCAAGAUCUACACGGGCAUCGAUGCCAAUGCGCGUGUUGGCCCACACCACUCUGGCGCGACGGGGCCGUGUGACCCUGAGGAGAUCUCCCAGAACGGCGCUGCGCUUAUCGCCACGCUCCAGGAACUCCAGCUGGCCGCCCUGGAAACUUUCUUCCAUGUCGGCUAUACUUGGCGCUCUGGGAAGGGCCCCACGUCGCGGAUAGAUUACUUGCGCGGACCUUUAGUGGACCUCCCGGCCGUCCACAAAGUGCACGUCCCCGAGCAGGUUCAGCUGUCCAUCACUACGCGCGAGGACCACCGCAUGGUCGCUGCACACAUGACCGCCCCCACGACGAUGUACCGGGCUCGCGCCGAGAUCCUCAAGGCGCAUUGCCACCUCGCCUUCCUGAUCUGGUGGCGCCUGCUGAACGCCGCCGCCGCCCGCCUCUGCAGCCAGCUCACAGCGUUAGCACGUCACUUCGUCCACUUCGACCGCCAGCUCUUCCUCGAGACGAAGGCUCAGAAGGCGCAGCUGGCCGCCGUUCGCCGGGAUUGGCGCACUGCCUUUGGCAUCGUGCGCGCGCUCAGUGGUCGGAACGCCAGCUCCUCCACGCAUCCAGUCCGCCUGAAGUCUGGAGCUCUGUCCAGCACCGAGGCGGAGCGGCAGGGGCGCUGGCAAGAACAUGUCCGGGACGUCUUCAAUGGCAAGCCGGUCACCAUGGCCGAGCUGAAGCUCAAGCCGACGCCUCCGCCGGACCCCUUCACCAGCAGCAUCGUCGUCCUCCCCGAUGCUGUAGGCCGCGAUGGCGUCCCCUCGGAGCUGCUGGUGGCCGGCGGCGACGCCGUCAACGAACCCCUGGCGUCCAUCUUCCAGGACAUCAUCGACGGCGAGCGCUGGCCAACCUCCUGGACAGGCGGGCGCAUGCAGAACGUAUACAAGAAGAAAGGGCCGCGCGAGGAGUGCGACGAGCCCCGCGGGAUUGUCCUCGAGGACCACGCGGCCAAAGUCUUCGAGCAGCUCCUCAGUGGCCUCGUGACCCCCAUGUACAACGCCCACAUGCCUGAGUCCCAGCAUGGGGCUGUUGCUGGCCGCGGUACCGACCUCGCUGCACACCUCGCCCGGUCUUUCUGCGACUACUGCGCCGUGAUCUGGCUGCUCAAGAACAUGCACGCGGCCUCGUGGUUCUCUUACGGCGAUUGCGACACCGCCGUCGCCGCGCUGGUCGGCGGCCGUCAAGGCUGCAAAUACGGCGCCAUGGUAUUCAACAGCACGUUCUCCCUGGCCAUGGUCUUGAUCCGGGAUGCCUUGCUCGACGCUGGCAUCAUGCUGCGGCUGCCCAAAAGACGCGAUGCGUUCUGGGCGCCGCCAGAGAGCGGCACCGACCACGCCGAAGACACCAUACCAGUGGUCGACGCCGCAUUCGUCGACGACGAGUGCUUCAUGCUGACGGCCCCCCGCGCGGCCGACCUCGACAGCGCGAUCAACGUAAUACUUACGGCAGUCUGCAAUAUUCACGAGAGCAUGAACUUGACGAUCACUUGGAAGCCUGGCAAAUCGGAGUGUUUCUUGGUCUAUCGCGGCACUGGCGCCACUUCGUGCUUGGAGAAACGACGCGCCCAGCGCGGUGGUGGCCUUGCGAUAGCGGUUCCUGGUCGCAACGUGCUCUUGCAUGUCGUCACUAAGUACACCCAUCUCGGAGGCGUCCUGUGCUCCAGUGGCUCGCUCGGCCCUGCUGCUCAGCAUCUUCGCGGCGCGGCCAUGAAGAGCUACGCCCCGCUUGCAACCAAGCUUUUCGGCAGCCCCGCGGUGUCCGACGACCUCAAAUUUUGGAUGGUGCAAAGCUUGACCCUGAGCCGGUUGUUGCACAAUGUCCACAUCCUCGUGCCGACUCGACGGUUCACUCUCACCAUCAACGCCGUGUACAUGCGAGUUCUCCGGAGGAUCGCUGGGGCGCCUCGCUUUGGGCACACUGUCCACGAUGUCACG